AUGUGGACGCAGGCCUGGUCCAGGUUAGCAGCGCUGGUCAGCCUCCUGGCCACGGCGUGCCUGGUCACCGCCCGAGAUGGCACCAACACGUUCCCCAGGUUCUCCCUGGGAGGCAUCAGCGAGAUCGUGGUCAGGAUCAAGGAGGGACCAGGCAGCCUGGGCCAGCCCCUGUACCGCCUGCGGGGCGAGGACGCGGACGGCGACGUCCUGUCGUUCGGCGCCCAGGGCCCCGAGGGCCCCGAGCUGCUCCGCUUCGACCGGGUCAGCGCCACGGAGGCCGACGUCUUCCUCAGACACGAGCUGGACAGGGAGGUGAAGGACUCGCACACGGUUGUGCUCACCCUAACGGACGGACGCCUGCCCGAGGGCCAAUACAUCACUCAGACCAUGCUGGUCAUCGUGGACGACGUGAACGACAACGAGCCCGUCUUCAAGCAGUACAGAACGACCGUCACGGUCUCAGAAGAUGCGGCACCUCAAGUCAUCGACACGGUCGAGGCCAUCGAUCGCGAUCAGGGUCCCUUCGGGCAGGUCAUCUACCAGUUGCAAAACACAGACUCCGAGACCCGGUCCACGUUCUCCGUGCACCAGGACAAGGGAAAAGGAAUCAUCUCGCUCGUGGGGCCGCUAGACUACGAGCGAAAGUUCAUCUACGAGCUGCGUAUUCUCGCCAUUGACCGUGCGAACUCGGGCCCACGGCACACGGCCACGGCCGUUGUCCUGGUCAAAGUGGACGACGUCGAGGACCAGCCGCCGGUCUUCACCCAGGUGCCGCCGGUCACGCGCAUCUCCGAAGACCUGCCGCUGAACUCCAUGGUGCUCACCGUCAAGGCCAUGGACGGCGAUCGCGGAGUCAACAAUCCCAUCUCCUACAGCAUCCUGUCCGGUGGCGAUGGGCUGUUCGCCAUCGACCGGGAAACUGGCGUCGUCUCGGUAAAGGGCCGUCUGGACAGGGAGGCCACAGAGAACCGCAACGGGGCCUUCAUCCUCCUCGUUCAGGCGCAGGAGGUAUCCGGCUCGGCGAGGCCUUUGGGUCCGACGGCGCGCACCGAGGUCACCAUUCUGCUGACGGACGUGAACGACGAGGAGCCCACGUUCCGGAGCCGGCACUACGUGGCCGAGGUGAACGAGAACGCGCAGCUCAACGUCCCCGUCAACUUCGUCGGCGACAGCAUCGCCGAGGUCUACGACCACGACCAGGGAAGCAACGGGACCUUCCAGCUGCGCCUGGAAGAAGACAAUGGCGUUUUCGAGGUAACGCCAUCCAUCGGCGUCAACGAGGUGUCUUUCAUGAUCCGAGUUAAGAAUCCAGAUCAUCUGGACUACGAGCGAGUCAAGCUGGUCAAGUUCAAGAUCGUGGCCCAAGAGAUGGUCGCCAGCCAGCCGAAGACGUCAACUGCUGACGUGACCGUGCACAUCAAGGACGCCAACGACAAUUUUCCCGUUUUUCGGGAGGACUCGUACCGCUCUGUGAUUCCGGAGAACGCUGCCGCCGGAACAGUCGUUGCUGUAGUCCGGGCUGAAGACGCAGAUUCUGGUGUUUACGGAACCGCCGGGAUUCGCUAUACCAACAUCCGGGGCCAAAUAGCGGACAAACUGAAGCUGGACCCGGAGACGGGCAAGGUGGUGAUGGCGACGUCAGAGCACGGCUUGGACCGGGAGACGACGCCCGAGUACCUGCUCACAGUGGAGGCGAGGGACGAGAACGGCCGGGGCAACCGCAACACGGUCCAGCUCCACCUGGUCCUGGAGGACGUGAACGACAACGCGCCUGGCUUCGUGCUGCCCUCGUACGAGGCGCGCAUCCGCGAGAACGCCGCCGACUUCCGUACCCCAUUCGUCGUCAGGGCCGUAGAUGCAGACCAGGCGGGCACAGAAAAUUGUCAGGUCCGCUACCAGAUCGUGCGGGGCGAUCCGGACAACAACUUUACCAUCGACGAAGCCAAGGGACGCAUAAAGCCGAGACAACCUCUUGACUUUGAGCGGAUCGCGCAGCCCAGGGGAGACGUUCGGACGUUCAACCUCGUUGUGCGCGCUUACGAUCUGGGCAGGCCUUCGCUCUCUAGCAAUGUCAGUGUCGUCGUGUACGUCCAAGAUGUCAACGACCACUCGCCCGUGUUUCCGAGCGACUUCGUAGCUAAGUCAAUUCCCGAAGACGUCCAGGAGGGCACGGCCAUCGUCAAGGUCCUCGCAGAAGACCAGGACCACUCGCCGAGCAACAGCAAGGUAGUCUAUCGUAUCCAGAACGGAGCCCAGGACAAGUUUGUGAUCGACGCACUUACGGGAGUGAUCUCCGUGGCUCCCGGCGCCAACCUCGAUCCAGACCGGACAUUCCCCAAGUCCGUGCUCUACAGUCUGCAGAUCCUCGCUCUCGACGGGGGCCUGGGUGAGCAGCAGCGGUCGUCCAUGGUCACCGUCAACAUUUCCAUCGUGGACGUGAACAACAAGGCUCCGCGUUUCGACGACCCGGGCACGGUGGAGCUCGUGGAAAACAGCGUCCCGGGCCACACGGUCGCUAUCGUUCGGGCGACAGACCAGGACGACCGACCCAUGCUAAGGUACUCACUGUGCCGGGCAUCGAGUGAGGCGAGAAACGAGGACGGCGCUCUGGUGAGCGAAUUCGACGUUCAACAGACGUUCGAGAUACACGCUUUGGAAGGAAAGUUGAUGGUGAAGAACAAUGUGGACCGCGAGAAGAUGGAGUCGAUAAAGGUCUGCGUGAGAGUGGAAGACAUGGCAGCCGCCACACCGCACCAGACGGCCACAGCCACGCUUUCGGUCAAGGUCAUGGAUGUGAACGACAACAAGCCUACAUUCAAGAAGCCAUUCUAUCGACAAACAGUUACCGAGAACUCUGUGGUCGGAGCUCCGAUCGUCACGGCUAGAGCGGUGGACGCCGACAAGAACCACACCGUCACUUAUUCGUUGGAGGGAAAAGCGGAGUAUCUUGCCUUGAUCAACAUUGACCGCAGGACGGGAGAGGUCACGGUGACUGGCAAGAUCGACCGCGAGCUGUACAGCUGGAUCAAUGUAACCCUGAAGGCGACCGACUCAGGGCUGCCCCCGUUGUCUGGAGUCACGGACCUGCAGAUCCAGGUGCUCGACGAGAACGACAACAACCCCAUCUUCAAAUACGGACCAUCCGAGUUCUCCGUUUCUGAGGACGCCAGGGUAGGCUCAUCGGUGGCCACCGUCCAAGCGGUGGACGCUGAUGUCGGAGGGUAUGGCAGGGUGACGUACGCCCUCGACGCCGCUGGCACCGACGGCAAGUUCAAGAUCGACAGGGACUCGGGCAUCAUAACGGUGGCAAUGCCACUGAACCGUGAGGAAACUGCGUCGUACUCCCUAAUUGUUCAAGCCUGGGACAACUACGAGGCUGGUUUUGGAACCGACGAAAGUCGCAGAACUUUCAAACAAGUCAGCGUCCGAGUUGUGGACGUGAACGACGAGUCGCCGGUGUUCGUCCGACCAACGCAGUGCGCUCAAGUGAGCGAGUUCCAUCGCGCCCAUGAGACGGUCUUCUUGGCCUCCGCGACGGACGGAGACGAUCCCACCAGUCCAAACUCCAAGAUCACCUUUACCCUUCAGUCAGGAUUCGACGCGGACCUGUUCGAGGUGGAGACGCUGCCGGACAACACGGCCAGAGUGGCCAACCGGUACUCUCUUCGCGGACGUGUGGGCAACGCCACUGUGGCCCUCAAGGCGCAGGACCAGGGGCUGCCUCCGCGCUCGUCCGUCCAGAGGUUCACCGUCUGCGUGUCAGACGUCAACGACCACAGCCCUGUCUUCAUCAGGCCGCCCCAGAACCACACCAUACGGAUACCCGAGAACGCCACCCUGGGCACGGUGGUCGUCGAGGUGGGGGCCGAAGACGGCGACUUCGGGGCCAACGCCGAGGUGCGCUACCGACUCAAGGACCUGCCCAACAACCACUGGAAGACCUUUCGGCUGGACGAAAUCACAGGCAUCAUCACGCUCAGGCUGCCGCUGGACCGCGAAACGCAGAAGGUCUACGAGCUUCGUGUUGAAGCGUUUGACUUGGGCCAGCCGACGUCCCUGUCAAGUGACCUGGACCUCACCGUGUUCGUGACAGACGUGAACGAUUACGCCCCAGAGUUCACAGAAGAUGUGCACCAGCUUACGUUUACGGAGAACAUGAAGCCCGGCGCGGAGAGCUACAAGCUGAUCAACACGAUCGAUCGCGACGACGACCUGAGCAUCUUGAAGCCCAUUCCCUGCUACUACAUCGUCGGUGGCAACGAGCGCGGCCGCUUCUCGCUGGACCUGUUCACGCACCAGCUGUCGGCGAGCGAGGUGUUGGACCGUGAGGAGGAAUCCAACUACACGCUGCUGGUGCGGGCCUCGGAUGACUGCUUCCACGAGCCGCGCCCCGUGGCCCGCUUCGACUCGAGGGAUAACACGCUGCUCCAGGUCCAGAUCACCGUGCUCGACGUCAACGAUAACCCACCCAGGUUCGUGAGCCCGGUCUUCACGGGCGGCGUCACCAUGGAGGCCGACUUCGGCGUCGUCUUCAUGGCCGUCAGGGCGGUGGACCUUGACGACGGCAUCAACAGCCUGGUGAGCUACUACUUGGUGGGCGAGAUCCGGCGCACGCUGUCCGAAGGCCUGGAGUCCCUCACGGGGCCCCCGUUUCUCAUCAACCAUCGGACCGGGGAGCUCAGCCUCAACUUUUACCCGCAGCGAGGCAUGAAGGGCUACUUCGACCUCACCGUCGUCGCCAACGACACCCAGGGCCUGCAGGACAGCGCCAGGGUCUUUAUCUACCUUCUGAGGGAGGACCAGCGAGUCCGGUUCGUCCUGCGGCUGACGCCCGAGGAGUUUCGGGACAAGAUGGAGGAAUUCCGAGAGGUGCUGGCCAACAUCACGGGAGCUAUCGUGAACGUCGACGAGGCCAAGGUGCACGAGAACGAAGACGGCUCUGUGGACCGCAAAAAGAGUGACCUCUACCUGCAUUUCGUGAACCGGGAGGACAAUUCCAUCAUGGAGGUGUCCACGGUCCUCACGUUGAUCGACAAGAACAUAGAGUUCCUGGACAAGCUCUUCAAGGAAUUCAACGUGCUAUACAGCGAACCGGCGGACGCUUUGAGCGAUGCUGAGCGCGAGGAGGACCAGAUGCGCACCUGGCUCAUCGGCCUGUCCGUCUUCCUGUCCGUCAUGCUGGCCCUGGUCAUCUCGCUCUGCUUGGCCCAGAGGAGUCGAUAUGAGCGCCAGCUGAAGGCAGCCACUGCGACAGCUUUUGGUUCGAGGGACUCGGCGUUGAACCGCGUGGACGUGCCCAACACCAACCAGCAUUCUGUCGAAGGGUCCAACCCAAUUUGGAUGCACUCUUACGAUAACGACUGGUACAAAGAAGACGAAGAAACCAGGCCCGUGGACAGCAACUCCCUGGACGAGAACGCGGUGGCCGAGACGUCCGGCAGCACGUCCUCUUCCUCGGACAGCCACCGGCAGAGCCAGGACCGCGAGUUCGACUCGGCCCAGCUGUGCUCCGAGGUGUACGUGCUUUCCAACGGCACGGUGCAGAACAUCAGCAUGCCCGUGGGCUCUACGGACCUGCUCUGCCCCGAGGUGGCCGAGCGGAACAACCUCAACAGGUACAACAAGAACGGCUGCCCCUACGCCAGCGUUUUCCUCGGCAAGAUGGGCACGCCCAACCGGGCCGGAAAACUCGAGGUGUCCGAACUGUGACCUCGCCGCAGCUCCCGGCCUGAACGGAACUCAGCCGCCCUCGAUGCCAAAGGGGAACAAGCGUAGAGUUGCAGUCGCACGGCGCAUACGUCAUACAAAAGGCAUUGAACACACCUCAAGCAUUUUCGAAGCACGUUUCCUUCACGUGUAUGUGUGCUUAGAGCAUAUGUACAGACAGUGUUUAUAUGACCAAUCUGACAGUAUCGAUCAAGCAAGAAAGAAACCUGCCUGUGACACUGUCUGCGGACUUGUCUUUUGUGUGACGUAUGUGAUUGCGGCCUAAGCUCUCGAGACAGGCAACGAGCAGACAAGGCGCCCUGGCGAGGACUUCCCUCGGAGAGACGUGCGUCGCCUGCUCGACGACGGAUAUGUACAGUGAUCAUAGGAGUGCUCUGUUUUUGACGUGCCACGACGUGUUAUUUCCGCGGACCGAACUGUGCGGACUACUUCCAGGACGUUGGAAACGCGUUCCUUCGUUCACCGUUGGACGUGCGGCUUCGCACCGGACGACGUCACGCCCAUUUUUGUAAGCCACAUCGACGAGUAUUUUUUGUACGGAGAAAUAUAUUGUUUCUGCCAA